AGAGGGGGAGGGGGAGUUCCGCACGAGACCGAGCGGCCCGGGUUGGAGCGCCCAGCCCCAAAGCGGAUCAUGGUGCAGCAGGCCGAGAGCUUGGAAGCGGAGAGCAACCUGCCCCGGGAGGCGCUGGACACGGAGGAGGGUGAAUUCAUGGCUUGCAGCCCGGUGGCCCUGGACGAGAGCGACCCGGACUGGUGCAAGACGGCGUCGGGCCAUAUCAAGAGGCCGAUGAACGCGUUCAUGGUGUGGUCCAAGAUCGAGCGCAGGAAGAUCAUGGAACAGUCUCCGGACAUGCAUAACGCUGAGAUCUCCAAGAGGCUGGGCAAGCGGUGGAAAAUGCUGAAGGACAGCGAGAAGAUCCCGUUCAUCCGGGAGGCGGAGCGGCUGCGGCUCAAGCACAUGGCCGACUACCCCGACUACAAGUACCGGCCCCGGAAAAAGCCCAAAAUGGACCCCUCGGCCAAGCCCAGCGCCAGCCAGAGCCCCGAGAAGAACGCGGCGGGCGGCGGCAGCGGGGGCGCGGGCGGCGGCGCGGGCGGCGCCAAGACCUCCAAGGGCUCGAGCAAGAAAUGCGGCAAGCUCAAGGCCCCCGCGGCCCCCGCGGCCGGCGGCGCCAAGGCGGGCGCGGGCAAGGCGGCCCAGUCGGGGGACUACGGCGGCGCGGGCGACGACUACGUGCUCGGCAGCUUGCGCGUGAGCGGGGCGGGCGGCGGCGGCGCGGGCAAGACGGUCAAGUGCGUGUUCCUGGAUGAGGACGACGAGGACGACGAGGACGAGGACGAGCUGCAGCUGCGGAUCAAGCAAGAGGCGGACGAGGAGGACGAGGAGCCGCCGCACCCGCAGCUCCUGCAGCCGCCCGGGCAGCAGCCGCCGCAGCUGCUGAGACGCUACAACGUCGCCAAAGUGCCCGCCAGCCCCACGCUGAGCAGCUCGGCCGAGUCCCCCGAGGGCGCGAGCCUCUACGACGAGGUGCGGGCCGGCGCGACCUCAGGCGCCGGGGGCGGCAGCCGCCUCUACUACAGCUUCAAGAACAUCACCAAGCAGCACCCGCCGCCGCUGGCGCAGCCCGCGCUCUCGCCCGCGUCCUCGCGCUCUGUCUCCACCUCCUCGUCCUCCUCGUCCAGCGGCAGCAGCAGCAGCAGCAGCAGCAGCGGCGGUGAGGACGCCGACGACCUGAUGUUCGACCUGAGCUUGAAUUUCUCCCAAAGCGCGCACAGCGCCAGCGAGCAGCAGCUGGGGGGCGGCGCGGCGGCGGGGAACCUGUCCUUGUCUCUGGUGGAUAAGGAUUUGGAUUCGUUCAGCGAGGGCAGCCUGGGCUCCCACUUCGAAUUCCCCGACUACUGCACGCCGGAGCUGAGCGAGAUGAUCGCGGGGGACUGGCUGGAGGCGAACUUCUCCGACUUGGUGUUCACGUAUUGAGAGAGGCGCCCCGCUUCUCGCUCUUUCUCUCGGCGGGUGCAGCGCAGGGUUCCUUGGGAGGAAGGUGGUCGUGAUGAUGCUGAUGAUAACGAUGGUGGUGGUGGUGUCGAUGGUGGUGGUGGUAGGGUGGAGGGGGAGAGAAGAUGCUGAUAUUGAUAUGAUGUCGUGACACAAAGAAAUUGAAAAAGAUGAAAAUUUUGGUGGAGUUAAAGUGAAAUGAGUAGUUUUAAAACAUUUUUUCCUGUCCUUUUUUUGUCCCCCCCCCUCCUUUAUCGUGUCUCAAGGUAGUUGCAUACCUAGUCUGGAGUUGUGAUUUUUUUUUUCCCCCUCAAAUGUGUUUUUGUAAUUACGAUUUCUUUUUCCUGAAAUUCGCGAUGGCAACAAAGGCGGAGGGGACAGGGCGGGGGAGGGGAGGGAGGACCCGCUCCGGAAGGCGCUGUUGGAAGCUUCUUGGUCUUUGAAGUCUGGAAGACGUCUGCAGAGGAUCGACCCUUUGGCAGCACAACUGUUAACGCUAGGGAGUUGGUUGGAGAUUUUUGGGGUUUUUUUCUUAAGCGAUCUUAAAGAACUGGUGAUUUUUAA